AUGGCGUCCGCGUCGCUCGCGACGGCGCGAGCGACCGCGUCGGCCUCCUCCUCGCGAGGACGCGCGAGGACGACGAGAUCUCGGAACGCCGUCGCCGCCGUCGUCCCGCGCGCGUCGUCGUCGUCGUCGUCGUCGUCGUCGUCGUCGAACGACGCCGCGGCGACCGCUCAGAUCCCGACGCCUCCGCACUUCGACCUCGACACGUCCAUCCUCCUCGCCGGCUUCGCGUUCGAGUCGUACCUCUCCCCGGAGGGCGGCCUCGUCGACCGCGACGUCCGCGGAGGCAGCACCGCCUACCUCAGCGACUUCGUCCGCGAGGUCUUCGCGGGCGUGCUCGAGGCGACCGUCGUCCGAUGCGACGGUCUGCCCAAGACGGACGUCCUCGUCGGCGCGUCGUCGGACCCGUACGUCGUUCUCGCGCUCGGCGCGUCGUCGCACCGGACGAAGACGAAGACGCGGACGCGCGCGCCGCGGUGGAACGGUGAGCGCGACGACGCCGUCGCGCGCCUGUUCGUCCGACGCGACGCCGACGCCUCGCCGUCCGCGCGGACGCUGACGUGCCGCGUGUUGGACGAGGAUUUCGGCAAAGCGGACGACCUCAUCGGGAUCGCGCGCGUGCCGAUCGACCACCUCGUGGACGACGCGGCGACCGCGGUCUUGGACGCGGUGACGGGGAGAGGUGGGGAGGUGGAUGUCGUCGACCUCGCGCGGCGGCUGAUGACGUCGGGCGGCAGAGAGAUCACGGUGCCGCUGCCCGGGGGCGACGGCGGCGUCGGCGGCGGCGGCGAGCUCGCGAUGAAGUUGAAGUUUCUCCCGUUCAAGCCCCCCGCGGCGACGCUCGUGACGCGCGGGUUGAAGCGCGCGUCGAGAUCGAUCGGCGGCGGCGACGACGCGGGGGCGGGGGUGGCGGCGCUCGCCGCGGGGGGGCUCAGCGCCGUCGCCGACGGCGUGGACGCCGCGCGCCGCGCGCGCGCUCGACGCGACGGCGAGGCGGGCGUGUGGGCUAUCAAACCCGACGGCGACUGGGCGACGCUCGCGACGACGCGCCCGCUCAGGGUGCGCGGCGAGGACGCGACGCCGCGCGCGUACGAGAAGGUAAUGUUCGUCGAGAACGCGCGCACGGACACGCAGGCGGCGGUGUGGCGGAACGUCUCGAGCAAGAGCAAGACGGUCGUCGUGUCGUUCCGAGGGACGGAGAUGCGCAGCGCGAAGGACGUGUUGACGGACGCGAACUUGACGCCGUCGUCGUUCAACCCGGAGCGGCUGACCGGCGGCGAGAGCGGCGGCGACAUCGACGCCGAGGAGCCGAUGGUCCACGGCGGGUUUCUCGCCGCGUACGACAGCGUCCGCGCGCGCGUGUUCGCCGCGGUGGACGACGUGAUGCGCGCGCGGUCGCCGGAUUACGACGACGACGACGACGACGACGACGCCGCGUGGCACGUGUUCGUCACCGGGCACAGCUUGGGCGGCGCGCUCGCGACGUUGUUCUCGUACGAGCUCGCGGAGUCGGUGAACGCGAGGCGCCGUCGCUGCACGACGACGAUGUACAACUACGGGUCGCCGCGCGUCGGGAACCGCGCGUUCGUGAAGCGAUUCAACGCGCUCGUCCCGGACUCGAUCCGCGUCAUCAACGGCUCGGACCUCGUCCCGACGCUUCCCGCGCUGCUGGGGUACAGGCACGUGGACCACGGCGUGCGGAUACCGGCGAACGCGGGCGAGGCGCUCGUCGGCGCGGGCGACGUCCGAGCGUCGUCGUCGGCGGAGAACGGAACGACCGACGUCGCCGUCGGCGCGAAGAUCGUCGAGCUCGCGGAGGCGAUGGGCGUGCGGAACGUCCUCGGCGUGGACGAGGAGAGCGCCUCGGACGCGGUCGUCGCGUUGACGUCGCUGGUCAACGCGGACGCGCUCGGAGACCACUUCGAGGACAAGUACUACGUCGCGCUCAAGGCUGUCGCCGCGCGUGGGGGCGGGGGCGCGGGGAGGAACGACGGGGACGACGCGGCGGCUUGAAUCAAAGCGUUCGCGGACAUAUCCCCGAUCGCGGUGUACAGGAUCGCUUCGUCUCGUCGAUCGAUCGCAUCGCAUCGUGCGGCUGCUAGUGCCGGUUAGAUUACAAUACAUACAGCGCGGAGAUCGCGCGGAGCUAAGCUCG